GUAUGGCUACCACAUUACUAAAGCUUCAUAUUUUAUCUGCCAUGAUCCUAAAACUAUUAAAGAGCUAUUUGAGAAUCUUAGAAAUUAUGAUGGAAAGAACACGUACCCAAAAUCAUGUGGCAAAUUUAAAGUUUCUGGAGUAAGGGAUCUAACUACUGGCUACGAUAGCAGCCAGCCUGAUCAAAAGGCGGUGCUUCCUACCAGUAAAAGUAGCCAGAUGAUAACAUUUACUUUUGCUAAUGGAGGAGUGGCUACUAUGAGGACCAGUGGGACAGAACCAAAAAUCAAAUACUAUGCUGAACUCUGUGCGCCUCCUGGAAACAGUGACCCUGACCAACUGAAUAAGGAAUUAGAUGAGCUGGUCAGUGCUAUCGAAGAGUAUUUCUUUCAACCAGAAAAAAAUAAACUGCAGCCCAAGGCAGAGUAAAGAAUUAAGAUGGUCUUUGCAACAUGUUAUGGGCAAAACCCUACACUAUUUAAAAAGUAGGGAUUUUUAAGGACCAAAAAAACAUUAUUAAAAUAUAUAUCCUUAACAGUAUGUGUUCCAUGUCCUCUUUGGUCUAAUGUCUUAUUUUAUCGGGGGAAAUCAAGGGAUUUCUUAUAAAAACUAGCAACCAAAAAUUGUCUGAUACAGUGCAAAUGUGUUUCAAUAAUCAAGUCUUGUUCUAAUAAAAUAUUUUAUUGUACUUGCCUUGCCUUAAUUUCUGUAAAUGCAGUCUGCUUUUUAUAUGUAUGUAGCCUAAUUUGAUAGCAAAGUAAUGACCAAGUUUUUGAUGAUGUGGGAACUGGAUAGUGCUUCAUGAAUGUCUAGUUUUAUUUUUGCAAGGCAGGCUAGUUGUGUAACUAAAGGGCACUGGAAAUCUGUGGAUAAUUUUGGUAAAAUUGGGGUAGGCCACCACACUUGGCUGCCACACUUUAUUUAAUAAGGAAACAUCUGGACAUGUUUUACUGCUAUAAGACAAUAAUAAUAUGGUACAGGAGUAAUGUUUUAUAUAUGAUACCAGUCUGUGGGAAGCUAUGUGAUGCAGUGAUGUUACAUUUGCCUUACACAGGAGUGCUCCCCAAGUUACAUAUUUCAGCUGGUAUUUAUUUAUACAUAAUACAAGUUGUGUAUCUCUUUACAUGUCACUAAAAUCCAACCCGUCGGUUUGUCCCAGCUCCCUAACUUGUUCUGUUGUUUUAGAUACUAGCAUUCUAGGUAUUGGUCCAUGAAGGUGCCUCCCCUAGCUUGUACUAAGACAUAGAAUGAAUGUAUCUUGAUUUUGACAAGUUUCUUACAUGCUUAUGUCAAAUGUUUACAACAGCAAAUGGAAGAAGUUAAGGGAUUAUGGUGUAGGCUGGUUUUAGGCUACAUCACUAUUACAAUAUUUGUGCUUAAUGUUGUUGGUGUUUAAUGCAUACUAAUAUAGAAAAAUAUGGAGCAGGUAAUACGUAUUACUAUAUAUAUGCUAGUUAGCAUAAAUUAGUCAGUGAAGCAGGCCAGAAUGGACAUUGGUUGUCUAUUGCCAGAGUGUCUAUGAAAAUACAUCAUCUUGCAGGCAGGGGAAGAGGAGAUGUAGCAGCUUGGGUUGGAGCUAAGCAUGCCAGCCCUGUGUCUUUCUCUAAAGACACUUAAUAUCAUGCUGGGGCAGAGACUGGCUUCUUGGUACGUAUUUAUAUAGUGCAUCAUAUGAUGCAGCUCUGAUCUUUGACUAGGCCCAUAAUUACUUAUUAAAUACUACUAAUGAUAACGAGCGGGAGGGGUUUGCUAUUGACUUCAGUGAGACUUAGGAUGUUUCACUUUGUACAGAAAUUCCAUGCAUAUUGCUUUUCAUUGCCCCUGUAGUUAUCUUCUGAAAAUGAAACGCAAGGACAACUCUAAACUAACUUAUUGAAAACCAUGGGAGGCCACACUGCAGUCUGGAAUUAUGAAUAUACUUCACUGAGGACCAUAUAAUGUGUGUUUAUUGUAAAUGUCAUAUUAAUGUUGGGGGUUGUACAACAUGCAGCCAGUGUUGGUCAAAAUGUUAGUCUGUAACUCAGCAUUCUUGUGUGUUUGUUUUAUUGUGCUAAAAUGUAUUUGGCAUAGUGUGAACCUGAACUGAAUCUUGAAAGCAAAAUAUAAUUCCUUUUAAAGUGAGA